AUGAACCAGAACUAUGAAAGAAACUAACCACAAGCUAGAAGAAUUAAACAACUGGUUUCUUGUAGCCAUAGCAUAACCCGAGCUUUACAAGAAAAAAACAGAGCUUGUGUCACAUAGUUAAAUGGGCCCAGGCCCAUGAGACGAUUCUCUCCCGCUCUCAGGUCCGUUUUAGUCUAACAUGACCGGAGAACUCCCAAAAAAAAAACUAGAAUAAGAGAAGAGAUGCAGAAAUCGUUCUCGUUGAUCCAAACGGUGGCAAUCUCCGGCGUAUUCUCCGCCGUCUCUUGCUGGUAUGGAUUCAUGUUCGGUAGAGAAUCGGCGAGAAAAGAGCUGGGCGGUUUGAUCGAAGAUCUCCGUCGCGGAGGUUCGGACUCUGGUUGUCCUCCCCAUUCUUGAGUUAGGUGACGACGAUAGCUCUUUUUGCACUCUUGUUUGAGCAAUUAUCAUUGUAUCUUUUGUUUGAGUUAUAUGAAAAAUCACUAGACAUUUACUAUCAGUGUAAACCACAUUGAUUAAGAUCAUAAAGAUUGUAACACUGUACUCUCUCAUCUCCCAUGUUUAUUAUGUAUUAGACAUCAAGAACAUGAACUUUACAAUCAGGGCCGUUGAUUA